AUGGCAAACACUUCGAUGGACGAUUUCAUAGAAGAAGCACAAAAGAAAUACCAACUUCGAGGCAAUAUUUUGUCAACUCUUCAGGAGAAAGUCAAUAGUUAGUUUCGAUUUAGAUUAUAGUUGUUUUUAUAUUAUAUUCUUUUAUAUUAUGUUAGCUUUUAUGGUUGAUCUUGUUUAUUUGUAGAUAAGUUGAAGGACUCAACAGAAUCGCUAAGUUCAACGAAAAGUGGUCCGAAUACACAAUUGGGAGGUUCUGAAACUGAUGUAAGUGCUUUAUUUUUGAUGUUUAGAUAUUUUUGAAGUUGUUUUGGACAGGAUAAAGCAUAAGUACGUAAAACUUUAACUUUUUAUAAAUUUUUUUAAAAAACGGCAUAUUUUACAAAGUCUAAUGGUUUUUUUACAGUCCUGUAAAAUGUCAUGCGAAAACGCGAGCAAUGGAACAGCGGAAGUCGAGGAGAAUCUUGAUGAUAGUUCUUGGAUGUUACAGACCUUUGGAAAGAAAGUAAGUUAGCCUUUACAUUGUUUCCAACUUUUAGAUAGAAGAAGAGAAGAAAGAUUUUUUAUUGAACUUGAAAUAACAACUUAAUACUGUUUUUUAGAUAGAGAACCAUGAUGAUUCAUCAACAUCCUUGGACAAAUACCUUCAAAAUAGACGAACUUAUGGCGAAGCUUUUGGAGAAAAUGAUGAUAAUAUAGAACGAAUUACUGUCACUGAAUGUAGAGAGACUAGGAUUAUACGAAGAGAAUCACAAGCUAGCUCAAAAUCGUCAAGACAUGAGGUAAGGGAAGAGAGCGAUGUUGUGGUAGGCAUUAUACUUUUAUUUUGGUUAUAACUUUUUCUUCUUUGACUUUUUAGCUAUUCGUUUUGUUUUAACAUGUUGUUUUUUUAAUGUUUUUAUAGCUGACUAAUAUUCAUUUUUUAAUUUUAUUAACAAUAUUCUCUUUCAGAGUCCAAAAAGGUCAGUAUUGUCACGAGUAACUGAAUUGGAAAGUCUUCCAAUGUCUCCAAAGGUCAAAGAUGUUCCGUUCAAGAAGGUUAGCAACAUACGAGCUAAGUUUGAGAAUGCAGAUACUUCCACAAGCAGUAAACAAUCAUUUGCUAUUACACCGACAAGAAGAGAGCCAAAACGAAGUGAUCGAGAUAUAUUCACAGGUAAUUUUAGUAUUUUUGUUUAGAAUGGUUUAAAUUUUGACUUUGUUUAUGUUUUUUUAAAUUAAGAUACUUUUUUUAGACUGAACAUUUAUACUUUUAAAAAUAAGUUUUUAUGUUACUUAAUACUUAAAUAUUCAGAACCAAUAAGCCGUGUGAGACAGCCUUCAGAAGCUAAAAGUAUUUUCGAAAAUGAAUUGAAUUUGAAUACAGAUAAUACAGAAGGAACAGUGAGAAGCCGUCAGCAGUCGGAAACACUUCCACCACCAGUACCACCACAUAAGAGUAUAUCACAAGAAGAUCAAUAUUUGUCAGCAGAAGAAGAGAAUCUUGAAGAACAAGAUGUGAAUGAUAAGGCUGGAAAUCAUACAGUAUUUGACGAGGUUUUUGAUGAACAAGAUCAUCAUCAAAAGGAAGAAGAAAAGGUAGAAGAUGUAGCUGAACAGAAAGAGGAAGAAGUGCCUUUUGUUGAUGAAGAAGAAGCUGUAGGUUUAUGUUUUGUGAUGAUAAUGUUAUGACUUUACAAAAAAGUUAAAAAUUUGACUAGAAGACUUUGGAUAAUUUAAAUUAAAAAAAUUUAGGUAAAAGAAGAAGAGCUUUUACCAUCACCGAUUGUCACACCAGCUCGCACAGAAAAGCCAUUGAAAUUUUUUGGAACACCAAAAACACAUUCAACUCCAGUUCUAGAGGAUUUACAAAAGAAAAAGGCUGUGUUGGAAACUCCUAGCAAGUCUGGUAAGAUAUAUCUUUAAAAUUUUAAUUUAUUUUGAUUUUUUAUUAUUUCAAACUAAUUUUUUAAUUUUUGAUAAAUUUUAAUUAUUUUAAGAAGUUUUAGGUUUAUUCGACGAAAUCAAUGCAGACUUUCAAGAAUACCAAAAGAAUUCACUACCACGCUUUAAAAAGUCAGAUGGAGGAGAUCAUUCCGAUGGCACACCAUACCGGUCGAUGAGUGAAUACAGAAAAGAACUGUCGGAGAAGAUGUACCUAAAACGAUCAGAAGUGGAAUGUGCCUCACCAGCACCAGUCACCCACGAAGCCAGUGACGAAGACAAGAAGAAGUACGUGAAGCAGAUUCUGAGGAAGCUGAACAGCGACGAGAACGUCACAUUGGCCCAGUUCAAGCAAGCCCAACGUGCUCUUCAGCUCAUAAACACGAAGUCACAAAGUGACGAGGAAGAAACAGUAGCAGCUCAUCACGUUAUGCUACAGUGCCGUGCUUCAGUCGAAGCAAACCGUCGAAUGAGGGACAUUAUCGAGUUGAACCCAUCAGCUGCAUUGUUACCCGAAAUGAAGGCUUCCUUCACAUUCAACAGAGUUACAUUUGAUAUUCAUCCAGAGUUCCAAAGAAGAAUAUUGAUCGAGCCGAUAUCAUGUUACUUUGCGAUUGUGAUAACACACAGAGAAACAGUCAAAUGGUCCAGUUGUAUAUCGGCGAGGAAGCAUCAGAAAGGCAAGAUGACAGUUGACAUGUACACCAACGUUGAUGGCGUUGGACCUGGAUUUGAGAUCUUUAUUGAGGUCUACUAUCUCACGGUAAGGAUUUGUUUUUAGUAGUGUAGAGUUUGCAAUAGAGUAUACAGAUAUUAUUUUGGUUAGGAAAUGAUGUAUUGUUUAAGACGAGCUGAAGAAUGUUUCAUCCUUUAUAAUACUGUUUCAGCUAGCCAAAAAGUCGGAAGAAAAGAAGAGUUUUGUAGCCGAAUUCAUGGGUACCCUCCUCAGAGGCCACGCUCAACGCAACGAUCUAAAAGACAUGAACUGUGCCUUUCAAAGAAUAGGUACCACCAAGUUGGACUCGACCAAUAUGAGGAACCGACACCUCAAAACAGAGACCGUACCACCAUUGGGACCUCGAAUCGACGUCUCAUUCGACUUCAAACUGAUGGAAAGCAACCAACAUUGCGAAGGGAUGGUCAGAAGACACGAAAUUAUCGCUGGGGUUGCUAAUUGGGCCAACGAAUACGCAGUGUUUGGGAAAUGGCACCUCAGUUUCUGGGAGACGAAACGAGAUUUCGACGAGAAAAAGGCUCCAGUCAAGGUGGUCAACUUGAAGUCCGCGUUUAAAGUGGAAGAAGUGGACAGUUUGGCAUCGUACAACCAUUCGUUUGCCAUUGAAUACAAGAAUCUGGACACUGAAGCCAUUGAGACGUAAGUAACUUUGUGAAUACGGUUUAAACUUUGAAAACUAUGUUGUUGUUACCUACAAAAUACUGUUUGUCUAAAAUACUUUUAUUUGUUAUUUUUUGAUAGUUUUAUGUCUAAAAUAUUUGGUUUUUUACUAAUUUGUUUACUUUUAGGUUAACACUGGCUGCAGUAACAGAAGAAGAACAACAUGUAUGGCUGAAAACACUGGAGUCAUACGUGAAAGGCCUCAACUUUUGGGCCCAUCAUACAUAA